AUGAUCGGGGCCCAGUGCCUCAUCGCCUACGUGGACCCCUCGUCCGGUGCCCCCCGUGCCUACACCUCCGCCAUCACCUCCUACCGCACGGCCCUCCAGCCCAGCAACCUCAGCUUCGCAGUCCCGUCCCUGGCGGCCGAGUUCGGGAAUAAGGAGAUGAUCAUACGUGCCACCAUCGAGCUGCCACAGGGGAGGACCAGCUUCCCACAGGUGUGGCAGUUCGGCCCUGUUACCUCCUCUGGCCAGCUCCGCAUGCACGGAAGUGCCCCGGGAAACCUUGGUGCCACCGCCACCAUCGACUUUUCCACGGGGACCAGUGUAGUACAGACACGCACUUCUUCAAGGCGCCCUUCAUCUAAAUAUAUUCACGGUUGGUUGAAUGUUGUGAGCUGGGGAAUAAUGAUGCCCGUGGGUGCCAUGGUUGCAAGGUACGUAAAAGUGUUCAACGUCGCCAACCCAGCGUGGUUCUACCUGCACGUCACCUGCCAAGCCUCAGCCUACAUAGUGGGUGUGGCUGGAUGGGGCACGGGCCUCAAACUCGGCCGCGACUCCCCUGGAGUCAAGCACACCGUCCACAGGAAUAUCGGCAUCGCCAUAUUUGCCCUAGCCACUCUCCAGGCUUCAGCCAUCCUCUUCAGGCCCAAGCCCGACCACAAGUACAGAUUCUACUGGAAUGUCUACCACUACUUAAUAGGCUACACAGUCAUUGUCCUUGGCAUCGUCAACAUUUUCAAGGGUCUCGAAAUCUUGGACCCUCAGAAGAAGUGGAAACAAGCCUACACUUUUUUUCUCAUAGCCUUUGGAAUCGUUGCCUUUUUCUUGGAAGCACUUAAGUAUUUUGUUGUCGCCAUGAGAAAGAAGAACCAGCAGCGGGAUGCGGUCGAUGGAUCUAGUGUCUAG